AUUGUGUUUACAUUUCAAAUGUUUUGGAUUUUGUGUCAAAAAUUUGUUAUUAAAUUAUGUUUUGAAAUGAUUUAAGACAUGAAUGAUAGUAAUGAUAAUAUAAGACAUAAUACUAGACUUGGAAGACAUAAAAGACAAGACAUGAGUGUCACGAUUGAUGUGAACGACGUGUUUGAAGAAGUGGUUAAACAAAAUGAAAGACUUGUCAAAGAAAUUGAAUUUUAUGAAGAAGUGGUCAACGAUUUGAUAACAAAUGUUAAGACAUGUAUUGUUUGUCAACAAAAUGAUGUCAUAAAAGACAGAAUCAGUGAAUUGGAGACACACUUGAAGUGUAAGACAAUCGAUAAAUCAAUUAAAGUUAAGAGUGAAUACAAAGACUGCGAUAACAAAUUAAAAACAAAUCUUAAGACAAAAAGAUUACAAAAAUCAAACAAAAGAUGUGUUAAAGAGGUUACAGAUUCUAAUAUCAGUUAUGAUGACAACGAAUCAGAUAGAAGUUGGACAACAAAUUCAAAGGUAAAGACAUCUAUGAAAUCAAAUAAGAGAAACGAGAAAAUUAUAUUAAAAGAUGUCGAGAAAGUUAAAGACAUUAAAAGCAAAACAAUUAAAACUGAAAAACAAAUCAAAUUAUAUAGCGAUGAAUAUGAAGAAAAAAGACAGAAAUUAAAAGAUAAUGGACUUACCAGUGAUGGCAGCUAUCAGUGCCAGACAUGUGAUUAUAAAAGCAUAAAAUUUAUAGAUUUUGAGACACAUGUCAACCGAUAUCAUCUAAACAUUAAGCCAUUCAAGUGUCACAUUUGUGGCGACCAUUUUGUCGGUUACGACAAUUUAAGACGACAUAAAAGUCUCAAACACUAUUAUGUUGGCCAAGCGUUGGAUCAAUUAAGUGAUAAACGAAAAUCUCAAAUCGCCCAAACUUUAUCGAAAUUUCAGUGUCAAUAUUGUCAAAAAUUUAUACACUGCGAGUCAGAUCUCAAACAACACGUGGCGCGCGUGCAUCACAACGUAAAAUCGUCUAAAACUAUUAUUUCAUGCGAUUUGUGUGAAAAAUUUUAUAGUAAUAGGGCUACACUUAUCAAACAUAAACGUUUUUAUCACGGCAUUGGAAAAAAAUUACCGAUAUUUUAUUGCGAUUGGGAGGGCUGUCAGUAUAAAUCAGUAAAUAGUACAAUGCUUGAAGUGCAUAAAAAAAGACAUUUAGGUAUCCGUGACUAUGCGUGUGAUUGGCCCGGUUGUGAAAUACGGACGUAUACUAGUUCUAGUCUUGAAAUCCAUAAGCUAAUUCAUACCGAUAAUAAUGACGACCGGUGCCAAUGGCCCGGUUGUGACUAUAAAGCUAAAAAUAAGUACCAAAUAAAGAAACAUAUGAAAAGAAUUCAUGAGGACAUACCCCGAACACAUGCGUGUCAUUGGCCCGGAUGUGACAAAACGUUUAAAUUUGCCUAUAGUUUGACAAAGUAUUUGAAUAUAAAUAUAACAUAACUUAUUACAUAUGAAAACACAUAACAAACCAC